AUGGGAGAUGAGAAGCUUUCACGUCACACGUCUUUGAAGAGGGCCAGGUCACUCUCUGAAUCCAUUAAGGGUCUAUUUAAGCCUUCGGGAAUCUCAGGCAGUAAUAAUGCUGCGGUACCUUCAUCCCGUCCUGGUCAGGACCAAGCACAUUCUCAUCAAACAGCAAAGAUCAUAACUAGCAACUUAUCGUCUCCAUCUAUAUCCCCCGUGCAUAGCCCUGUCUUACAAGCGGCUCCCAAGCAUCAUAAGUUGGGCGUUCCUAAUAUUGCAAAACUGUCGCUAACACCUAGCAGGGAACCAUCCUUGAAUUCAGAAAAUGAAAUGUUUUCACAGGAAUCUUUCAUAAGUGAAAAAGAUGAAGAUGAAGCCAAUUUAUUAGAGAGGGAAGAGCUUCAAAAUAAAAAGGACGAAAAAGCUCGUGCGAAACAUGCACGUUCCAAGGACGUUUAUGUACCUCAUCAUCGCUAUACAGUUGGUAGUGAUGAGAUUGAAAGGCAACCAAGGGAAAGGCUGAAAAACUUCCCACAAAAUGCAGCUUCACCAAAUCCGGCAAAUAAUAGUGCCAACCAUGUUUUGGACCAGGAGAAUAAUUUUUCCAUUGAUGCUAUGCUUGAUUAUGAUGAAGAAUCCAAGCUUAGAAGGAGAAACAGCCUGGGCGUACGUAACCAUAGCAAUCGUACAAGAAGUAGGAAAAACAGCUUGUCCACACCAAGAUCACCACCAAUGAAAAAUGGAAAUGAUGGAAUGAACGUGAAUGCCACCACCAAUGUUGGUAAUAGUACAGGAAAUAGAAUAUACAUGAGAGGAAGAAAUCACUCAGACUCUAUCAGUGCUUCUAGCUUACCAAAGUUUCAAGAAAUUGAAUGUAAGUGUAUUUUGGAUUUAGGCCAUUUCAAAGUCUUUGAAAACGGAUACCAUGAACAUUCUUUAAGAGUGCUGCCAAUCAUUACAAACAAUAAAAAUGUGGAUAGUGGUGACGAGAAGGAUAUUGAUGCUUCUGUAAACAGCGGUGAUGAUGGCGACAAUGAUAGUGAGGCAAAUAUGCAUAAACAAAAAUCUGUGUUUUCCUUGAGUGGAUUAUUCAAAUCUCAUAAGGAUGGAAAUCAACAGCAGCAGCAGCAGCAGCAAGAAGAAAAUGGUGAGCAAAUCAAUCUAGAGAAAGCCUUUUCAAUAAUACCAUCCCAAAAAUUCAUCAAAUCACAAACGUUAAAAAAAUCGAGGACAAGUAACCUUAAAAAUGGUAAUAACGAUGAAUUGAUGAAAAAUGAUGGUAAAAAUAUUCCGCAAAUCGUGAAUCCUAACGCUGCUGUGGGUGCUGAGGAGUUGAAACUAAUCAAUGCAUUGUCGGAAAAAAUACGAAAGGGUCUUAAAAGUGAAAAUACAAAAGGCAGCAGCAGCGAAAGCAGAAGUAAUAGCAAUAAACAAGAGGAUUCUGAUGAGCCAGAUAGCAAGACUGGAGUAACCAACAACGAUAUUUCUCACAGGCCCUGUUCGCAGAAAUAUGGAAAAUCUAUUGGAGUAGUCGGUGCAGGCGCAUACGGGGUAGUUAAAAUCUGCGCAAGAUGCAAGACGUCUAAAGAUGUAUUACCAUACAGUACCUAUUCUAAUGGUAGAAAAUUAUUCUUUGCCGUUAAAGAGUUGAAGCCCAAACCAGGUGAUCAAAUUGAUAAAUUUUGCACGAGAUUAACUUCUGAGUUUAUUAUUGGACACUCAUUAAGUCAUCCGCAUUUUGAGGCAAAUGCGGUGAUAACAGGAAAUGCUUCAAGAACCACACCACCAAAACAUGUCUUCAAUGCCCCAAACAUUUUGAAAAUUUUGGACCUAAUGGAAUAUAAUAAUUCCUUCGUAGAAGUCAUGGAAUUCUGUGCUUCUGGUGACUUGUAUUCGUUAUUAACAAGGAAUAACAUCUCAAACGAAUCAAAUAAUGGGAGCUCAAGAUUAAUCCAAACUGUUAAAGAAGGUUUUGGGAGCCCACUGCACCCAUUAGAGGCAGACUGUUUUAUGAAACAGUUACUAAAUGGUGUUCAAUACAUGCAUGAUCACGGUAUAGCUCACUGUGAUCUGAAACCCGAAAAUAUCCUAUUCCAACCUAAUGGGUUGCUAAAAAUUUGUGAUUUUGGUACUAGUUCGGUUUUCCAAACUGCCUGGGAGAAACAUGUUCACUUCCAAAGUGGAGCCAUGGGUUCAGAGCCAUAUGUAGCACCUGAAGAAUUCAUAAGAGAUGCGGAAUACGAUCCACGUCUGGUGGACUGUUGGAGUUGUGGCAUUGUUUACUGUACAAUGGUUAUGGGUCAGUAUCUUUGGAAAAUCGCCAUUCCUGAAAAGGACUCUCUUUUUAAAUCUUUUCUCAGUGAAAUUAAAGAUGAUGGGCAGUUUUACUUAUUUGAGGAAUUAAGGCACGUCAGCAGCGAACUAAAUAGGUUGAGAAAAAUCGCACUGUACAGAACAUUCCAGGUCGACCCCACAAAAAGAAUCACCAUUGAACAAUUACUACAGAGCUCUUGGAUGAGGAAAACGAAAUGCUGUGUAGUUUAUAGACCCUUGCAUGCAAAGGUUAGUAAAUAA